UUUUUCGAAAUUAGUUCUAGUGAGUCUGUGAAAGUGUGAGCGACUAUCGGACGACGGCGACGACCACAACGACGAGGAGCAGAAACAACUUUACUUUGAGUUUUGUUUCGUGCACACGCGCGUUCACCAAGCAACCCACACACUCAGCGAGCGGAUCAACUGCUGCAAGACUUUGAAUCCAACUGGGCAAAGGCUAUAUUCACUUUGCACAUAUAAACAGCAACGUCAACAAGUGGGCAACUGUCAAGCCAAUAUAUCAAAACCACAUCGUAGUUCAACCGUCACCCCUUCGUCCGUCGCUGAUCAAUAAGUCGAUUCUAGAACACGUGCAAGAUGUCGCAUCAGUGCAGCUGCGGUCGCGAUCUAAACAACAAUUACGUGUCCUAUACGAACGCCUACGCCAAUGCAAAUACAGGCCUGGAUCGGGAGGCCAACGCAAAUGCCAGCAGCAAAUCCAAUGCCGCGCACCACACACAGCUGACGGCCAAGGUGAUGUUCGGCACAGUGGGCGCCAUCAAGGAGCUGCGCGACAAGGAGCAACAACAACAGUCCAGGCAUGCGGCCACCCGUGCCGGCGACCGACGUCAAUAAUAGUGGUUGGGCGGUUGGUUGGUUGGGCGUGGCUUACAGGCAGGAUGAAUCGACGAGUGCUGUGCGCUGACAAAUUUGAAAUUUAGUUGCGACACACAGCCAAGCCGGGGCCAGAUUCGGAAACUCUGCUAAGGAUUCUGAUAGCCCAAGGGCCGGGGGGUCAUGUUAGAGGCUUAAAAGUGUUUAAGGAACAAUGCAAUUGUUAAGGCAAGUGUGCGAAGAGAGUUGGAUUCACAUUCCGUUUUGUAAAAUCUGAUCUAUUUACCCAAUCACAUUAUCAAAACUCUAUAGAGAACAGCCCAGGCAGUCCUCUUCUGCACAGUCUAAGUUCUUAUACACUUCAUCUAUCUAUCUCUCUCUCUCUCUGUCUCUCUAUCUCUAUUUCUAACUUGUUCUUUUAUGUUCCUGAUUCGCAAAUAUUUCUCUAUAGAUUUUCACCUAUUUCCUUAGCGUGUCCCUUUCCCAGUUACAAGAAGUUUUUUUAUUGCUUUGG